UGAAAGUAUUUCCUGGUGCUGAACUUUCCGGUGUGAGGCAAUGCUAAUGAGAAGAGUGGUGCUUUCUGGAAUGAGGUAAAAAGGCUGUAGAGCAAACAGUGUCUACAAACAAGGAGUAAGGGGAACCUUCCUCUUAGAGAAUCACUUCAGAAAAUCUUCCAGGAGGGAGCUCUUAUUUUCUUGGAGAAGAACUGUACAACCUUCAACCCUGAAAAGGCACCAUGACUGAAACAAUGGACUACGAUGAUUUCCUACAUAAGUAUUCACAUGUCUUUCGGAGGUAUCCGCUGAAGCUGGUCCAUGGAAUCCCCCUGAUGGAACCUAUCGCAGAUCAGUGGGAUCCCAUUGAAAACUUCCAGGCACGACCAGAUGACUUGGUCAUCUCAACUUACCCCAAAGCAGGUACCACGUGGAUGCAGGAAAUUGUUGAUCUGAUACAGACUAGAGGUGACUUGGAAAAAGCAAAACGGGCACCCAUACAUGUCCGGAUCCCGUUUCUAGAAAUCUGCUCUCCACCUCCUGUACCUUCUGGAGUUGAUAAAUUGGUGAAUGCUCCAUCUCCUCGUGUGAUCAAAACUCACCUCCCCUUCCAGCUCAUCCCUAAAACUUUUUGGGAAAAUAACUGCAAAAUGAUCUAUGUUGCUCGCAAUGCCAAGGAUAAUCUGGUAUCCUAUUACUUCUUUGACCAGAUGAAUUUGACCCAACCUGAUCCAGGAUCCUGGGAAGAGUACCUUAAGAAAUUCAUGGAAGGCAAAGUUCCCUGGGGAUCAUGGUAUGACCAUGUGCGGCGUUACUGGGAUGAGAAAGAUAAUCAUCGUAUCCUCUAUGUCUUCUACGAAGACAUGAAAAAAGAUUUAGCCCGUGAAGUCCACCGUGUAAAAGAUUUCCUAGAGGUUGACUUGCCUGAAGACAUUGUGCAGAAGAUAGUGCAUGAGGCAUCAUUUGAGAUCAUGAAGGACAAUCCCAUGGCAAAUUAUGAAACUGUACCCUCUGUCAUCUUUGACAAGUCAAAAAGCAUCUUCAUGAGAAAAGGUAAAGUUGGUGAUUGGAAGAACUAUUUUACAGUGGCUCAAAGGGAAGCAUUUGAUGCAGAUUACCAGCAGAAGAUGAAAGGGACAAGUUUACAUUUCCGGGAAGAAUGACAGACUCAGGAAAUUAUCCUUUUUGGAACUGUCAAGCAGCAAAAUACAGCCCCCUGCACUGCACUGUUGUUGUAAUAAACGAGAUUUCUAUUAAAAAUGAGGAUGUGUGACAUGCCAUUUUGAGAAUUGGGAAUAGAUACAAACCCAGAUUGUGUCCAACAAUACCCCUAUGGUUAUCUCCACAAGAAGCAUUUUAUAGGAAAGAAAUGGUAACUAAGCAGAAAUUGUUAAUUUAUGUCGAUAUCCUUGAUAUUCACCAAGGAAAAAUUAAAAUAAAAUCAAGAGAGGAUUUGAUAUCUCAAGGAUAUCCAUGCCACUGAUUUACAUAUGUACAACUUGGAGAAACAUUUAAAACUGAUAAAAAGAUAUACAGUUUUGAACAAAACAAAGCUGUUUUGGAAAUUGAUUUGU